CCGUAUAAUCAAACUUUCAAGAAGAUUUUUUUUUUGAUAAAGAUGGUCUAAAAUAGAUAAACCUGUCAUCCUUGAGGCAACAGUGUCUGUAACUAACCUGUGGGCCUACACAUCCUUCAAGUAAUGAACAAUAUAUAUGACACCCUACUAUGUUUCGCCUAUGCUUCACGAUAUUGACUGUUGGACUACUGAGUGUAUCAAUCCCAGAGGCGGCCCUAGGACUUUCUGAUGUUUAUGGUUCCUCCUUUCUCUUUGCUCUGCCCACUAACAACCAGUCAAUGACAGUGGUCCAUCUGAUUAUGACGACCUUGUCCUUUAACCAAGUCAAGGUCAUCUUUGAAGAUUACUGGACAAAGGACAAAAUAUACGAGCAGUUCAUUAUAUCACGAGAGAUCAGGAAAUAUUUCACCCUCAACGAAUCAGCAAGCACCAGCCUCACCACCUAUCACUUGAAAGGCACAGACACCUUCAGUCUGACAGUCGUGGCUGAGAAUGUCUUUGAGGACAACAGGUCUCUAAGCAGCUUCCAGGCUGUGCCCGUUGCCGGCUGGGGGAACGAAUACGUCGUUAUGACUCUACCGUUUCAUCCGUCCAUUAUCAUUGUCACCAUCUUUGACAAUAAAAUCAGCAUCAGAGUGAGAAGCUCCGCGUUUCAAUUCCAUGUUGUAGACAAACUGAACGUGAACCAAACGAAGACGUUGGACGUUUUAAUUAAAUCGUAUAACAGUUACAGCAUCGAUGCUUGUGGCAUAGGCAAGGCUGACCUCAGAGAUUUGCAUGGAACGCUGAUUAAAGGACAGUAUGCAUUUGGAGUCAUUAUUGGAAGUUGUUACACAGAGCCUAACAAUGCUCCUUGCAAGUCUGGCGAAAAAAACUCUGACAUUUAUCAGACCACUGACAUGAUUACUGAAAUGCAUUUGCCUGUUGGAAGUUUCGGAUUGGAUUUCGUUGUAUUCGGCUUGCCGUCAGCCCGAGGUUCUGGCAACCAUUUUAUUAUGGCCUCAAGGGAGCAAACCGAAGUGUCGAUGUCUGGACCUGCAAUCAAAACCCGAAAGUGGAGUUUAAGUGAAAAGGGGGAGGUCACUCAAAUACCGGAAGUCUGGCAGCCCAUGUUGUUAUUGAGUGACAAGCCCAUUUGUGUUUACUUUAUCCUCCUAAGCUCCUGUGAUGACGCCACAGAAGCGCUAGGAGGCGCCCUCAGCCUAAUUCUACCCGUUUCUCUUCAUAUGGACGCUUACUUCUGGCACACGCAAAGUCUGGAGGAAUACAUGACACAUUACCUCUUCUAUUUGUGGAGGAAGGAGGACAAUAGCGUGAUCUUGGAACUAGAUGAUGUUGUUAUCAGGAGGUACCUGCGGAACGUCUCCUACAUACCCACCUUCAUGUUCACCUGGGAGGCCGGGGAGGUGGAGAUCUCGGAGGGGCCCCAUCAGUUCUUCAGCCGCUCAGGAGUUAAAUUCGGAGUUUAUCUUUACGGCUUCGGCGAAACCGUGGCUUACAUGCACCUGGCAGGAUUUAUUUCCCGUAACUCGUUGGGCUGUGUGGCGAACGGUGUACCUGAGCCUGGUGAUUUAAUAGACAACGACUGUGAUGGGUGGAUCGACGAAGAAAGGAAUGACAGUACUGACGAUGACCAAGACGGCCUUGUAGAUGAAGAUUUGCUUCCCUUGCCACCGAGAUCUGGGAAUUGGGGAGAAUGGCAGCCCUGGUGGUGCACACAUUGCACCAGCAAUGUCCUCAGUAGAAAAAGACAGUGCAAUGCUCCUCCUCCAACUCGGGGCGGCCUCUAUUGCUACGGUGACGAAAACAGCUCCAUUGCAGGGGACUGCAAAGAAAUCUGUGAAAUGAGUCACGGAAGCUGGGGGCCCUGGAGUGAGUGGACUUGUACAAAGGACUGUUCCUUUCUUAGCGGUAUUAGGAUACGGACUUGCUCUAAUCCAGCUCCAUCUAGGAACGGUUCCCACUGUGAAGGGGCCCAUAUUCUAGAGCGUGAUGACAGCAACUGCAUUAGAAAGUGUACAAAAAUCGCUAGAGAUAGCAUUCUGACGAAAAUAAACAAUGCUACUGAUUUUAUGGACAAUUUGAUAGGGCGACCCGGCACCUGGGGUGAAUGGACAGAGUGGUCAUGUGUCAAUACUUGUGGUCACAAACCUAUGUGGAGGCACAGGAAAUGUGACAAACCAGCGCCUGUCUUGGAUGGUAACGACUGCUUCGGACCUCCUCAUCAAUUCACAGAGGACCUGCUCUGUUUCAUCAUCUGUCAAGAUGAUUGUCCUCAAGGGACUUGGGAUUUGAAUUGCUCCAAAGACUGUUCCCAGUGUUUACAUGACUGCAACAAGUACACAGGAGAGUGUGAUCAGUGCUUGGCGGGCUUCAAAAACCCAAACAGGUCGUGCUCAGUCGCAUGCGAGAUUGAUGAAUAUGGCCACAUGUGCAAGGAAUCGUGCACAGACAAAUGUUUAGGGGAAGAUUGCAUUGACAGGGUCUACGGGACGUGUCCAAUUAUAACGACAUUUAUGCAAUACUACCACUACAUGUUUUUAUUCUUACCAUUUGGGAUCCUGUUUUUCUUAAGGCAAUUUACAGGCAUGAUGGCCGGAAAUCCUUGGCAAGAUUUUUUUUACCCGCCGCAACGUUAGUGACAUCUCAGGAAAGACGAUACUAGAUCUACAAUGCAUUUGCUGCGCUCCGCAACAUGUGAAACCCCCCUUAAAGAUUUUAAAUGCAAUAGUAUAUGAAAGAGAGAGAAAUUGGAGAAAAAGAUGCCAAGAUAUUUCUUUUAAAAACUGUUCUUUGAGUUUGAGAGUUCCAAGCCAGGAUGAGAUCAAACCACAGACUUAA